CAUAUUACAGAUUUACAGUAUUCAUAGUAAGAUUGGUAAUAAGGAACCUGAAAGGGAGAAUUAAGGAAGGACAAUAAUGGAGUCGUAUUCUUCUUCUUCUUCCUCGUCGGUGUCGUGUCCGUUUGCGGUGUAUCAGGUGGAGGAAGGGAAGAGGGCGAAGGCGUUACCGUCGUACCAGUCAUCUCUGCAUGCAGUGCGUAGGGUUCCGAAGCCGAUGACGAAGAAGCCGAUAGCGCCAAUGCCGCCGACGCCGCCUAAGAUCUACAAGGUGGAGCCGCUGCACUUCAAGGAAACGGUGCAGAUGCUCACCACGGCGCCGGGGUUCCAGUCCUGCAGCAGCAGCAGGCGGUUGCAGGACGUGGCUCCGCCGCCGCUUGACCUCAAGCCGAAAUCCGCGCCGGAAAGUCAUGACGCCGCCGCCGCCGCUUCGGAGUGGCAAACGUUUCUCAGUCUCUCAGCCGGUGAUGACGCGCACGUUUCCGAUGUUUUCGGAAAUAUUAAUGAUCAGGCGGUUUUAAGCGGCGAAACGUCGACGCUGGAGAUAAUAAUGCCGCCGCAGCAUCCUCGUACUCCUGCUCCCAACGUUUGCGGCGGAUAUGCUAACAGCCCGCUAGGGGUUCCGCCGCUGUCUCCGUCGUCUCUUGCAUGGUGGGCGUCGAUUCUUCCGAGCCCCGGAACGCUGUCGUCCCUGUAAGCAGAUGUUGUAUGUUCUCUAUCUAAUAACCAAAAAAUUAAAGAAGCUGUGUAUGUCUUUCUUAACCUGCAAUAUUAUAUUGUUUUUGGAUGAAUUGAAGUUAGAGUUUGAACUGUAAUAUGAAAGUAUCUAGGUAGUAUAUAUGCUUAAAAGAUGUUAAUUAAUUAAAGAGAUGCAGUCCGUCGCAUUUAUCUUUGUUUCUAUGUAUGCGUUGGCCGCCAUGGAUGAUCAUCGUAUGUAUAGUACCUAGGUACGUAAUACUAACAGUGUAAUACUUUGCAUCUGUAUCUUCUUUUUCAUUAAUUAAUGGAAAUCUACGGUUUAAUC